GAUACUGGGAGCCGGGAGUGGGGAGCGCGGCGCAGAGAGCGCCCGGAGAGCCAGGGGACACACAGGAGACAAGAGAGCCGGGAGGGGACACCCUGGGGACGCGGAGAAGGACGUGAGCGGAGGCCGGGAGCAGCGCACAGUCUUGUCGGCCUGCGGGGGCGAGAAGGAAUCCGAGAGGUCCCUUCACUGGCUUAGCCUGGGGCAGGACCUCUCCAGUGGACAUGGGUAGAGUCUUGGGACUGGCCCUGCUGCUGAGCACCCUCCCAGGUGCCUGGGCAGGGGUGGGGCCUGGCCGGGGAAAACAGGUGGUGACAGUAGCUGUGGUGUUUGCCAGCUCAUCGCCCCCACUGCAGGCCCAGGCUCAGACCCUGGCUCGUGCCCGCCUCACCCCCCAGAACUUCCUGGACCUGCCCUUGGAGAUCCAGCCAAUCACUGUGGUGGUCAAUGACACCAACCCCAGCACCCUUCUCACCCAGAUCUGUGGGCUCCUGGGCUCUGCCCGUGUCCAUGGCAUUGUCUUCGAGGACAACGUGGGCACUGAGGCUGUGGCACAGAUUCUUGACUUCAUCUCCUCCCAGACCCACGUGCCCAUCAUCAGCAUCAGUGGAGGCUCAGCUGUGGUCCUUACUCCAAAGGAACCUGGCUCAUCCUUCCUGCAGCUGGGGGUGUCCAUUGAGCAGCAGAUACAGGUGAUCUUCAAGGUCUUGGAAGAAUAUGACUGGAGCUCCUUUGCAGUCAUCACAAGCUUCCACCCUGGCUAUGCUGUCUUCCUGGAGGGUAUCCGCUCAUUCACUGAGGCCAGCUACCUGGGCUGGGAACUGCAGGACAUCCUCACCCUGGAACUGAGCCCCGGCAGCCCCAGCUCACGCAUCCAGCGCCUCCUGCGCCAGCUGGAUGCUCAGGUGCUGGUGGCAUACUGCUCUCGGGAAGAGGCUGAAUACCUGUUUGCAGUGGCUGAGGAGGAAGGGCUGGUGGGGCCGGGUUAUGUGUGGGUGGUGCCUAGCUUGGCACUGGGCAGCACCGAGGCCCCACCCUCUGUCUUCCCUGUGGGCCUUAUCAGUGUGGUGACUGAGAGUUGGCGCCUCAGCCUUCGACAAAAGGUCCGAGAUGGUGUGGCCAUCAUGGCCCUGGGGGCCCAUGGCUACUUACGGUACCAUGGGGACCUGCCAGCCCCUGCUCGUGACUGCCAUGCUCCUGCCGAACCCAUCAGCCCUGCCGGAGAAGCCUUCUACAGGCACCUGCUGAAUGUGACCUGGGAGCAGCGGGAUUUCUCCUUCAGUGCUGAUGGAUACUUGGUGAGGCCCACCAUGGUGGUGAUCUCACUCAAUCGGCAUCGACUCUGGGAGAUGGUGGGGCGCUGGGAGCAGGGCAUCAUCCACAUGAAGUACCCGGUGUGGCCCAGAUAUGGUGCCUACCUGCAGCCGGUGGUUGACAACCGGCACCUGACAGUGGCCACCCUGGAGGAGCGACCCUUUGUCAUUGUGGAAAGUCCUGACUCCAAUACAGGUGGCUGUAUCCCCAACACUGUACCCUGCCGAAAACAAAGCAACCGCACCGACAGGUUUGGCAGCAGUGAUGGUCCCGGGGACUCCUACACCAAACUGUGCUGCAAGGGCUUUUGCAUCGACAUCCUGAAGAAGCUGGCCAAGGGGGUCAAGUUCUCCUACGACCUGUACUUGGUGACCAAUGGCAAGCAUGGAAAGAAGGUGCGAGGCAUCUGGAACGGCAUGAUCGGUGAGGUAUACUACAAGCGGGCAGACAUGGCCAUCGGCUCCCUGACCAUCAAUGAGGAGCGCUCGGAGAUUGUUGACUUCUCCGUGCCCUUCGUGGAGACGGGCAUCAGCGUCAUGGUGGCCCGGAGCAAUGGCACCGUCUCGCCCUCUGCCUUCCUGGAGCCGUACAGCCCGGCCGUGUGGGUCAUGAUGUUUGUCAUGUGUCUCACCGUGGUGGCCGUCACCGUCUUCAUGUUCGAGUACUUCAGCCCAGUCAGUUACAACCAGAACCUCACCAGUGGCAAGAAGUCUGGGGGUCCCUCCUUCACUAUUGGAAAAUCCAUUUGGCUGCUGUGGGCUUUGGUCUUCAACAACUCGGUGCCUAUUGAGAACCCCCGGGGCACCACCAGCAAGAUCAUGGUACUUGUCUGGGCCUUCUUUGCCGUCAUCUUCCUGGCCAGCUACACGGCCAACCUGGCCGCCUUUAUGAUUCAGGAACAGUACAUCGACACGGUGUCUGGCCUCAGUGACAAGAAGUUCCAGAGGCCCCAGGACCAGUACCCUCCAUUCCGAUUUGGCACGGUGCCCAAUGGCAGCACAGAACGCAAUAUCCGAAGCAACUACCGAGAUAUGCAUAGCCACAUGGUCAAGUUUAACCAGCGUUCAGUUGAGGAUGCGCUCACCAGCCUCAAGAUGGGGAAACUGGAUGCCUUUAUCUAUGAUGCUGCUGUUCUCAACUAUAUGGCGGGUAAAGACGAAGGCUGCAAGCUGGUGACCAUUGGGUCAGGCAAGGUCUUUGCCACCACGGGCUACGGCAUUGCUUUGCAGAAGGACUCCCGCUGGAAACGAGCCAUUGAUCUGGCGCUCCUACAGUUUCUGGGGGAUGGGGAGACUCAGAAGCUGGAAACAGUUUGGCUAUCGGGCAUCUGCCAGAACGAGAAGAACGAGGUCAUGAGCAGCAAGCUGGACAUUGACAACAUGGCGGGCGUCUUCUACAUGCUCCUGGUCGCCAUGGGGCUGGCGCUGCUCGUCUUUGCCUGGGAGCACUUGGUCUUCUGGAAGCUGCGACACUCUGUGACACCUACUCCAAGGCUGGACUUCCUGUUGGCCUUUAGCAGGGGGAUCUACAGCUGCUUCAGUGGGGUACAGAACUUCAGUAGCCCCACGAGAUCCCCCAGUCCGGACUUGACGGCAGGCUCAGCCCAGGCCAAUGUGCUCAAGAUGCUCCAUGCUGCAAAGAAGAUGGUGAAUACAGCGGGUGUGGGAAGUUCCCUGGACUGUGCCACUCGUACCAUUGAGAGUUGGGGCAACCGCUGUGAGCCUCCGCCGUCCACCUUCUCCCUGCGAAACCCCCAACUGCUGCUACAGAGUGGGACACUGAGCUUGCCUGGCAAAGCCACCAGAACCCCAACUCCAUGGCCCCCAAUCCCCAGGGGAGGUCUCCGAGACCCUGGCCACAAAAGCCAGGGUGGGGCAGGGGACCUGAUGGUUCGAAGGGUCCUUCAGCCCCUUGCCCAUGUUGUUUCACCUGCCCUGCCCCUGCCUGACAUCUCUCAGGCACCUGGGUGCCCUGGCAAGGGCUCUCCCCGACGAAUGGGCUCAGGACAUGGAGGCAGGCUGUUCUCAGCCUCAGCGGGGUGCCAGCCCCCUGAGUGCCCCCUCUCACCUGCUCCCUGUGCCCACGGGUCCUUCCUCUGGGCAGACCGGACAGGCCGCCCCUUUCUCCCACUUUUCCCAGAACCCUCAGAACCUGAGGACUUGCCUCUUCUGGGACCCGAUCAGCUGGCUCGACGGGAGGCUCUACUCCGCUCAGCCUGGUCCCGUGGGCAAUGCCUGCGCCAGGGCUCCUGGCCAAGGUCCAUGCCUGAGCAUUGCUACCAACCUGGCCUGAUGCCACCGGCGGCCUCGAUGCCUGCCCUGUGCCCUUCCCAGGCUGUCCGGACUAGGGGGAGCCCUUCUUGCUCUGGCACUGAUGCCCGAGUGGCAUGGAAGCGCUUGGCCCAGGCCCACUCCCUUCGGCUACCCUCCUACAGGGAGGCAUGCCAGGAAGGGGUACCUCCUGGUGCUCCCACUGUGCUGCAAAGACAAUCCUGUCUCAAUACCUGUGCCCCUCUGCCACUCUACUGGGGGCCUUUAUGUCCACAUUCCCCAUCCUGUGCCAACCAGGCCCCCUGGCUCGCUGAGACCUGGGGAUCUCAAAAGCACAGGGCCAGGACUCUGGGGGGGCUGGGCACUGGCUACAGGGAUAGUGGAGGGUGGGGGGAGUCGAAGGAGGCAGGGGUGAGAGCCUGCAGAGCACACAGUCCCCUGGGGCCCUGCAGCUGGAGACGGGUCUCCAGCUUAGAAUCCGAGGUGUGAGCUAGCCCUGUGUUCCCUUACCACUCACUACCUGGUGGGUACUAUUGGAGGAGACUUUGGCUAAAGAGCUGGCAGGAGGGGUUCUCCUGCUGGAUCUGCCCCAGGCAGAGGCAAGUGGGCUCUUAAUUCUGGGUCUUUCAAGGGAUAGCCAGGCACUCAUCCUAGACUCUGCCCUGAGUAGUGUUAUACAGACUGAAUAUCCACGUCUUCCAUAGGCAUCCCUGUGACCCCAGAGGAGAGGGUUAGGGAGGAGUUGCCAUCUCUUUGUCUCACCCUGUGUCUUCCAUCUUUGCAUUCUCUGCCCCCGAGAAUGGAAGUGGGGGGAAUGUCAGAGUCACAGGGACACCUGGGUCUCCCCAGAGGGGGCUUCUGGAUUCCCUGUUACUAGGCAGUUGGGACUGGUCUGGCUCCUUCACUGCUUUGGACUUGGGAAUGAGAAAGCCUGGAGGCAGAGAGAGGAUUGUGGGAAGAAUUUUCUCUCCAUCAGACUCUGGGUUAUUAAAUAUAGUUUGAGAAAGA